CUUGGCUACUUUCAUAGAUGUAACUAAAUUUGUCUCUAACAUGUCGUGCCAUGGCAAGAGAUAAGCCAGCAGGCCAGGGCAAGCUCGCUUGCAUGAAGCCUCUUCUCAUGGAUGUUUUCGAUGGCGCUAGGGUCUUUUUGGCUCGAGGAAUUCUCAUGUCAUAGGGUUUACCCUGUUUCUCCCGACUUCUUCCUCUGCCCUUUGUGUGAAACGCACUGGUGAGAGGGGAAGCGAGACCACGAUUUUCAUUUUCCAUGGAGGAUUUGGCCGCGCCAGUGCCGCAUGAGCGACCGGAGCGAUUGAACAAUCUUGCAGUCCCCGGGCGAGAAACGAACCCCAGGGUUCAGCUUUGGAGGGGCGUUGGCUGUACAUGGUCUGAAUGAUAGCCCCUUCAUUCCUGGAGGAAGAUGGGACCCGAUCAAAGGGAUCGUGUUGCCAAGAUGAGUUCCCUUUUGCCAUGUACCUUGGAACCAAAUGCAUUGGGUUUGACCCCUCUUUGACCUCCGCCGUCCAAGCAGGCGAGUUGUGUCCAGCGUUCGAAGCCAAGAAACCAUGGAGCUCACUGGUUUGGUUUGAGCAUCCGUGAACCACCUGGUCCAUACUGGAAGGCCCAGGCCCCACUCCAGGCUCCGGGGCCUACGGGUGCUCGCAAACCCGUGCUCGGAACCCCCGAAACGCGUGCGCACGGGCGUACGGAUCUAUACACUGAUGUUCGCAUGCCCGCAGAGCGGUGCAAUCGGUGCGUACCAUGGACUCUAAAGACUUUGAGUAAAUGACACUCGUUUCGGGAGAAAGACAACAAGCCCUUUCCGGGGUUUGUUCCGCAUUUGCUGGCCCCUGAGAUAUGGAGGUGCAGGUGUAUACACAUUGCCCAGACAAUCCAUGUGUGACAGAAUUAGCUGCAUGAGCCUUUGAAAGCACCGCAUGUACGGAACCAAGUUCGUGAACAUCACUUGCGCUUCCCUCAUAGACCUAGGUCACUCGGAACGGGCUUCUUGGUCACAGCACUUGCCUUUGUCUUUUGGCGGCCGCAGCAGCAUGUUUUCCUGGACCGGAUUUGCAUCACCGAAAGUGAUCCGCAGCUCAAGGCAGAGCAAAUCCUAAGCCUCGCAGGGAUGCUGAAGCGCUCCCGGGAGAUGUUGGUACUUUGGGACUCAAGUUGGAGUGAUCGCCUUUGGUGUUUGUUCGAACUGAGUGCCUUCCUGAAGAGCAAAGCUGAUAGUGAGCAUUCCCGGUUGCUGGUAACACCUACCUUUAUGGGGCCGUGUGUCGUUGCCACCUUCUUGGGGAUGUUCCUGGCUGUGGUGCCACUGACGACUUUCCCGCUCGAUGCUUCUUUUCUGAUUCCCAUGGUGUUCGUGUGCGUCUUUGGAGCGUUUGGUGCUUUAUGCUGCGCCCACGCCUUCCGUUCCUACUUUCAAUCCGUGGAUGACCUAAAGGAGAAGUUGCAAAGCGUCAGCUUGGAAAGGACCAGAAGUAUUUGCUGCGACCUGAACCACGAGGGCGACAUGAUGUGUGACCGCGAAAUCGUGAAGGAUUGCAUCACCAUGUGGUUCGGCAGCCAGGAGGCCUUCGAAGACUGUGUGCGUUCCGAGGUUUUAGAGACCCUCACAUCGGAGCUGGAGCAGGUCUUCACCCGACCAUGCCGGAUCGCCGCCACCGGGCGGGGUUUGGGGCGAGCGAGACAAAAGACGGGCUGCAGCGGGUUUGCUUGAUCGG